AUGUGCAAUCAAGCUAAGUUUAUUGAGGGGAAGGAAAUCAGUGAGAAGAAAGCAAGAUCAAUUCUAUUGGAUAUAGGUAGUGCUCUUGAUUACAUUCAUUCUAACAAUAUUAUUCAUUGUGAUGUCAAGCUCAACAGUAUAGUUAUAAAUGCCAACAACCAGAUCAAGCUAGCGGACUUUGGCCUGGCUCCCAAAACUGUGGAUGGAUUUGCUUCUGGUGACUGUGGGACUCCAUAUAUCAAAGCUCCCAAAAUACUCAUGCAAAUUCCGUACACAAAAGCAGUAGACUGGUGA